CUGUUUCUGUAUUUCGUUGUGUUUGUUUAUAGAUAGAUAGAGAGAGAUAGUUCUGAAAGAAAAGAAAGUAUUUGAACAAAUUACAUGACUGAUUUUAAUGGGUUAUCUCAUUUCACAAGUUUUGUUCAAUUAAGAGUGGGAUAUCUGUAUAACAAACUAUGUUCAGUUCCUUGUGCAAUUCUAGUUAGUAUAUACCUUUUUGAUUUGACCAUUGAGUGCAAAAUUUCUUCUUUGUUGUAUUUCAAUCUGACUAAAUACUCGUUUCAGUCUUUGUAAUCUGAACAGUUUUGGGUCUCGAGAAUCGUAUUCGGAUAAGCAUUUUUAAUUCAUAUUUCUCUUUCCAUUCAUUGUUGUCUACUUAUCCUGGUGUUACAGAAGAAAUGGCGGUUCAGCUCUGCGGACUAUGGAUUCCCAAUCACACUGCUUCAGGACUUCAUCAUUGUCAGAGCAGAUUGCAGCCACAGGCUCUUGCCGUCUCCUCCACAACAUCGUUGUCUUCUUCCGCCUCAAUUAAGAUUGUUGGAAGCAAUACAUCUCCCGGAUUGCAUGGGAUUGAAAAUUCCAAUAUGAAUAAUGUAUUUGACCUAUCCAGAGAAGAAGAUGAUUGGGUUAGCCUAGAAGCUGAUCUUUAUCACUGGACAAAGUCUUUACGCCCAGUUCAGUGGUAUCCCGGUCAUAUUGCGAAAACAGAAAAGGAGCUUAAGGAGCAAUUGAAGCUGAUGGAUGUCGUUAUAGAAGUGCGAGAUGCUAGGAUUCCAAUGUCGACUAGUCAUCCGCUGAUGGAUUCAUGGCUUGGCACAAGAAAAAGGAUAUUAGUAUUGAAUAGAGAAGAUAUGAUAUCUUCUGCUGACCGAAAUGCAUGGGCAGCUUAUUUUGCAAGCCAGGGGACGAAGGUUGUCUUUUCAAAUGGUCAGCAUGGGAUGGGUACUAUGAGAUUGGGUAGGCUAGCCAAGGCACUAGCUAUCGAUGUAAAUAUAAAACGCAGGGAAAAAGGAUUACUUCCUCGUGCAGUUCGAGCUGGCAUAGUUGGUUAUCCGAAUGUUGGUAAAUCAUCUUUGAUUAACCGUUUGCUGAAGAAGCGCAUGUGUCAAGCUGCUCCAAGGCCUGGUGUUACAAGAGUACUCAAAUGGGUUCGAUUCGGGAAUGAUCUUGAGCUUCUUGAUUCACCUGGUAUCAUCCCAGUGCGAAUAAGUGAUCAAACAGCAGCUAUAAAACUCGCCAUAUGUGAUGACAUUGGAGAGAGAUCAUAUGAUUUUACUGAUGUUGCUGCGAUUUUAGUGAAGAUGCUAUCAAAACAUCCAUCAAUAGGUCCAACAGCUCUUUAUGACCGCUACAAGAUUGAAACAGAUGGCAUCUGCGGUAAAAUAUUUGUUGAGAAGCUUGCACUUAGGCUGUUCAAUGGUGACACAAAUCAGGCAGCAUUCCGAGUAUUGACAGACUUCCGCAAAGGGAAAUUUGGUUGGUUUGCACUGGAAAGACCACCCACUUAGGCAUCAGUUUUCCUUGAGGAUAUUAUUAUGGAACUGCUUCAGUUGAGAUAUAUAUAUAUAUAUUAUGUUUAUGUGUAUCAUAUAGUUGGAAUUUUUGUUUUGUAUUGAAUUGAAUAUUUCAAAAUGAUACUGCAUGUACAUUUUAUUUUUUAUUUUUACUUUUUUUAAACACUAGGUUCUACCACACUUUCAUAGUACGAUUAAUCUUCGCUGAUUAUGUGUA